GCGGAUGGUUACCAAGAAGCCGAGAAACGCGUCAUGUGUUUGAAGAAACACGCCUCGUGUGUGUCUCUAGGAUUACGGUCAACACGGGCUCCUUUACUCGGGAUUAACCUGGUUUGUCUUCGAGUAAGGCUGAGUCUGGAACUCGUUAGCUCAGAGUAA